CGCAUUCCCUUGUCCAUUGGCAUCAUUGUCAAAGGUACAGUGGCGUACACAGCUAGUUCCUUGGACGCCACCUCUCCUGACCACGAUGCAGGCCGUCUGCCCCGCCGCCUCUGCCCCCUUCUCCUCUCUUUCCUCCCUCUCCCUCUGCCACACCUCCAACGGGGCCCGCUUCGCCCUUUUGCGCCAAGUCAGCCUCUUCCCUCACCCUAUUCACUUCAGGCGCUCGCCGAUGCCCCCCACCCCUCGAGCACUUUUCAGCGGUCUUAAAAAUGCUGUUUCGGGGGCCCUGAAUCAGAGCACUGCGGGUGGGACCACUGCAACCCCCCCCCCAAUGGUGGAGCAUAACCUCCCCCCCUGGGAGGAUCUGGCGGCGGCGCUUCCGAAGGAGUUGGAGAGCUUGAAAGACAGGGUUCCGUGGGCUAAAGAGAGGCGGUUUGGCCUGGCGGGGGGGAAGGAACCGAGGGUCGUGUUUUACAGGGAUAAUAGCAGCUGGUGUCCGUACUGUGAGCGUGUGUGGCUACAGCUGGAGGAGAAGCAGGUGCCGUAUAAGGUGGAGAAGAUCAACAUGAGGUGCUACGGCCCCAAGCCCGAGUGGUACACGCGCAUGGUUCCCUCUGGUCUGCUGCCAGCUGUCAAGAUCGAUGGCGAGCUGAUCACCGAGUCUAUGGAUAUCAUGCUCCGGCUUGAGCAAGAGUUCCCUGAGCGCUCACUGCUGCCCCCGCCGGGGUCGCAAGAGAGCAAGGCGCUGCAGGGCUUGCUUCGCCUGGAGCGGCAACUCUUCGGCAGCUGGCUGCGCUUCAUUACCAGCGGGUGGGGCGACGCCGGCAACGGGCAGCGCUUCGAGGAGACCAUGGCGGACGUCGACGGGGCGCUGCGGCGCUUUGGCGGGCCGUACUUUCUCGGGAAGGAGUUCUCCAUGAUCGACGCCGUCUACGCCCCCUUUCUGGAGCGCAUCGCCGCGAGCGUGCCCUACUACAAGGGCCUUACCGUGCGCAACAACAAAUGGUCCGCCGUCAAUGGUUGGUACGAUGCUAUGGAUUCCCGGCCCGCGUACCAUGCCAUGAAGUCGGACGACUUCACGCACGUCCACGAUCUACCCCCCCAAAUCGGGGAGUGCUACCACAACGACGCCUCGAAGGAUUAUUGGGCGCUGGUUGACGGAAAGGCCGGCAGUUGGGACUUGCCGUUGAAACCGGAGACUACCGGAUGGGGAUUUGACGAGGGAACUGCGGGGAAGGGCGAGGCCGCGUAUAGUCUGGUUACGAACCACGCUGCCGUGGUUAGGUUCGCGUUGCGGCCGCUGAGAAACGACGCCGAGGCAUACGCCGAGGCGGUAGACGUCGUGUUCAGGUACGUUGCGAAGGCGUUGCUUGAGGGAACGGAAAAGGCGGGGGAGUUGCCGGCGGGUUUGCCUAAGCAAGUGAAGAAAGCGGUGGAGCAUUUGAGGGAUAACGUGGGUGUACCGCGGGAUAUGAGCUACCCGGCGGCACGGCAAUUGCGGGCGCACCUGAACUGGGCUCUCCGCCAAUUGUAAGGUCUGUCCCUACCAAGCAGGUUUGAUUGACAAAAACGCUUUAAUAUAAGCAAUGCGCGCCUAUCCUAUGACAGACCGACAAAGGCAGUGAGACCGGUCAAAGGACUGGUCAAAGGCAUUCUGCUGGUGUUCGAACCCUAGGAUAAGUAAGUAGCACCUUCACCGAACACGAUUUGGCGGAAUACUGUCGAUUACAGUCACCAUGAAGUCCGCCGCGAUGUUUGCAGGUUCUUGCUACGGUACUCCUAUUGUGAUAACAGGGUGGCUCCAAUAGGCUGGAAUCAAUUCAUGACGCUAUGAAGAAAGUCUACUGCGCCCGCUUGUUGAACUUUCGAUGCA